UCAGUUCACCUCCGGACGUGGUAAAAUGAGCCUUGUGGAUGAGGGCCUGAGGUACCACCACCAUCACCGCCUCAACCACCACCACCACCACCACCAUCACCACCACCAACAACAACAACAACAAUUUGAAUCCCCAGCUCUUGUCCUAUACGUGAUUGGAACCUUGUUUUGCCUGAGUUUGGUUCACUGGCUUGACACAAUGGAAGAGGAAGAGGAAGACAAGGGAGGAGGAGGAGGAGGAGGAGGAGGAGGAGGAGGAGGAGGAGGAGGAGGAGGAGGAGGAGGAAAAAAUUCUUACUUAGGAAGAUUGAAAGGUGUGCUGAAGAGGAGCCCCUUGGGGAGUCUGGCGUGGGGAGCGGCGCCCCCCGUGCAACCCCCGUGGGAAAAUGAAGUGGUACCAGUGGCCCCGGGGGAGUGGGUGCGCCCCCUGGGAAAUAUGGAAGCAAUGAUGGCAUACGGGGGGAGUCUGGGCACCCUAAACACUGUUGUGGCGAUGUGGUUGACCUCCAAGCAGCAUGUGCCACAGGACACCGUGAGGGAGGCUGUGGUGCUGCUGGCAAGGAGAACUGGCAUACUGCAGCUGUGUGUGGGGCAGCGCGCGUUAAGACCUUGGUUCCGGAAGGUGUCCCAGGAACACGUCCCCUUUGCAGUGGAGACAGGAGACCCCUUACAGACCUACAGCAGGGCCCUCCACGACCCUUACGACAUGGCUGAGGGUCCCCUGUGGCGCGUGAAGCUAGUGAUAGGAGACCAGGUGAUGAAGGGAAGCUGUGUUGGUGAUAGUGGUGAUGGUGGUGAUGGCAGUGCCUGGCGUGGUGUACUGAUCGUCUGCGUUCAUCACUGCAUCACCGACGGGGUCACAAACUUGUCACUCUGCCAAGACCUAAUAGACAUAAUGAACUCAACAGUGUCAGUCUAUCCUCUUCCCCGCCCACCUCUCGCCACCCUGCGUCCCGUCACCCCAGCACUGGCAGACGACCUCCUGGCGCCCACUGACUAUCUCAAAGCAUUGCCGUACCUCGUGACUAAACUAAUGGGGCGUUUAAUCCUCACUUAUAACAAGAAACUAUAUCUAGGGGGUGUUCUGCAGCAGCCAAGGACGUCACACGCACGCACCCACGUUCUGCAGCGCCAUCUAACAGCAACACUGACUUCUAAACUUGUAAAACUCUGCAGGGAGAAGGGCGUGACGGUGCAUAGCUGUGUAGUGGCUGCUGCAAACAUAGCCCUUCUUCGUGUAGCUCAGAAACACGCAGAACCAGGAAGGCUUCACACAGCGGCCUUCAACACAACAAACUGCGUCAACCUCCGCCGCUACUACCCUGAAGGACACUCUGACGCAGCAGGGUGCCACAUAGGCCUGGAGGAACACGAACAGACAGUCAGAGAAGAGGACGGACGCUCUGAAGAGACUUUCUGGGGGUUUUCAAAGGUUCUGCACUCACGACUCCAGAGAAGUUUGGGCCCCGAGCAAAGGCCGGUGAAGAAUGGCCCAUUGCUGAGGCCCUGUUGUCUCAUACUGUGGGCCAAUCACCGCCUCACGCGCCGAGCUCAGCCUAACAGAACAGACGCCCACUUCAUGACCACAAACAUGGGUGACCUGCGUGACCUCCUCCCGGGCGUGGGCAGGGCGGGAGGACCAAUAGAAGCUGUGCAUUUACUUCGAUCCGUGUCUGCCCAAUUUGGAGGUCACCCAUUCACUUUGACCUUUCAUACAUUUAGGUCAAGGCUGUUACUGUCCGUUGAUUACUUCACUAACAAGGUCACUCAUGGUAUUGCAGAGGAUUUCGUUCAGGUUCUACACGGUACUCUGCAAAGUCUGGCUGUUAUUGGUGCUCCUCCUCCUCCUCCUCCUAGUGCUUCUCAUUCUUCUUCCUUUGAUGCAGGAUGUAAUGGUGGUGGUGGCGGUGGUAGGUGGUGGUAGCGGUGGUGAGGAUGGAAAAGGAGGUGGAGAUGUUAAAGAAGAAGAAGAAUUACUACUACUACCACUACUACUACUACUACUACUACUACUACUACUACUACUACUACUACUAUUGCAAUAUGAGAGGAGAGAAGGAAGGAAAACAUGAAAGAAAAAAAGCAAAUGAACAAAGAAUAAAUAUUUUGUCAACACGUAUUCUGUCAACCAAUAAAAAUAUAUAUAAAUCCUUCAUUUUUGUUGAUCUGUUUAUCUAUUAUCUAUCAAUGCUUCCACUUAUCUAUCUAUCAUCAUGUCUAUCUAUCUAUCAAUAACCUACGUAUCUAUUUAUCUAUCUAUCUAUCAAAAACCUACAAAUUCAUUUAUCUAUCUAUGUAUUCAUCUAUUUAUCUAUCUAUUCAUUUAUUAACAUAUUUCUAUCUACUUAUGUUUAUCUAUUACCUUCUGCGCUUACACCGAGGUCAAAAUAUCAGCCAAGAUAAGGUGAACACAAUGGUACUUUCAAAAGGCGUGUCAGAUUUUUCAUGAAGUCAAUGUUAGGGACGGUGACCUCUGCUACCUACCGCUCCGUUUUCUGUUUUGGCAGGGAAGACUAGGGUAAUUUUGUGAUUUAUGUAAAGGAUACGAUUUUUUCAGUUCUGUAAUGAUUUGCCAGUCGUUUAUUAAAGUUUGUGGUGAUGAGAGGAACAUAAAUGGCUAUUGAAGGUAUGUUGAGCAUUGAGCGUAAAUAAGUAAGUCUAGGAUAU